UAUAUUCAUAUAGCCUAGGGGGCUAUGUAGCUUCUUACCUGUCGUGUUUGGAGUUGUGUUGUGCUGUUAUGUGAACAUUUGAAUGUUUCUUUACAGUUGAGUUGCCCUGGUUCUGUCAGUAUACUAGGAUAGGGUUGUAACGGUACAGGUAUAUAUAUACCAACCCAUUAGGCACAGGGACCUCGGUUCGGUCCGCACUGUGAACCUGAAUUAAUACAAAAAACAUUUUAAAAACAAUAACGCUGCGUUGUAUGCCACUGCCUCGUGAGCAAAGCUGAAAAAACAUUGUAGGUUAUUCCUUUAAAACAACUACAACCUAUGCUCACGUUGUAAUCAACAUUAUAAUAUUAACUGGCGGAUUUCAAAUUCUGCUUUUGUGAGGCACAGCCUGUAGAUGGCGCGUGGUGGGCUCGAAAAACCAAAAUUGGAUGAGCCUCCAUCGUUUAAAUCUCCAGGUUGGGAACAUUUUGGUUUCCCUGCCGAUUACAACAGCGAUGGACAGAGUUGUGGAUAAAACGUUAAUAUGUUCUCCACUGCUCAACGAGAAUGGCCCAGAGUGGCGUGUGUAGCUUGUCGGCCAUCGCUAGUCAUCAAAAUGCCACUACAGUCAGUCCAUAGAGCCUCCAUGUGUGGCAAAGCAACGGGUGAAGCAAAUUAGGAGAUUAUCUAAUCAAAGGAAAAUGGAAGUAAGUGUAUGGUACAACGACCAAGAGCCACCAGGUAGGUUGCUAUUUAAUCAUCUGAACGGUGUAAUUUUUAACUAUGUCAGGAAAGCCCAUGCAGACUCAAUUAGCCUAGCUUGCUAACAUAGCUAGCCGUCUUAGCCAACUAGCUUCUCUCAGUGUGAUGCAGUCAAGACAGGUACUAAAUAAUCAGCUAGGAUAUUUAUCAUCCAAUAUAUGACAAGCUACAAGUUUGUAUUCUAGCGCGAGUCGGCUUGUUAUGGUUGGUUUCUGUCUCUCCCUCCUUGGUCCCGUGGCACUCGCUCACAGCACACACACACCGCAAGACCCCUCCUCCGCCUGCUCUCCCUCGCUCUGUAUCAGCUCUGGUUAAUAAAGUAGCUUACAAAUGGAUUUCUGCUCUUCCCGGAUCAGAUCAUGUCUAUACGGAACUGGUUGUCCUCGGGUCUGUUCGGAACGGGUCUCUAUAUUGGAAAAUGUAUUCAUGCAUAUUUGUCCGGGUGGGAACGCCCCAGGUCCAUUUCGGAAUAGGUCCAACUUUUUAGACUUCUACUUGAGGCCCAACAUAACAAUUCCUGACACAGCAGACGAUGCCAGGAACACUGUGAAUGAAACUGGACUUGGGCCACAAAUAGGGUGCUUUUUAAUUGUGCGUAUUUAGCUAAAUAGACAAAUUAACUUGAUUUAACUGUUGGCAUUUUAUUUUCCCGCUGUACCGCAACCAAACCGUGACCCCAAAACCGCAAUACUACCCAACAGUGGGUUUGGUGAACAGUUACAGUAACUUUAAAGAACAACUGCCCCUGAAAAAACAUAUCAUUUAGAAAACAGCCUGUGGCAUCGAUAUGAGUCAAAAGUAUUCUACUGUCAAUAGACUACAAAGUGUAAAUAGAAAAUGUUGGUAAAAGUCAGUAUCGUCCAAAACUGAGUUGUGAGACUAGUGGUCGUGACUUCAUUACAACAUAAAUGAAAGAUGGGCAUGUUUCAAUCACAUGACCACAGCUGGCAGCAGACAAGUAAUCAUCAAUUCGGAAUGCAGCUACACACAUCCCGAUCGUAAUGCCUGUGGUAAAUUUGGGUUGACUUUGGACAUCCCUAUGGGGCUAGUUAGGGACCAUAGGUAAAUUACACAAGUACAGUACAUGAGAUAAUACGUAAAGAUUCCAAUAGCUCCAAAUGACAACUAUAAAUUGUAUGAAUGCAUAUACAAAUAUUGAAAGCAUUUAAUGAGAACUAAAAGGUGUGCAACAUCAAUAUAUUGUCUUAUUUACAUUGUGUCAUUUAUUGACGGUCCCUAACUAGUCCUGGAGCUAGGCUAUCCAAAGUCAGGUCGCACACCAGCCAGCUGAAGGUAAUUGACAAACUAAUUUGGCUAACUCUUCCCACCUGCGAACACACCCACAUCAAACCACACCCCGAAACCAACUUACGGUUGAAUUCAGUCAUGGCCGCUAGCAUUUCUUAAUGAACCAAAUCUAAAACGAGGCCAAAUCAGGAAGGGCAGUCACCCUUUAAAUCUAUCUGAUGACGUGUUGCACCUCUUCCUUGCUACCUUUCAGAGCCAAGAAGGAGGACAGAUGAUAACAGCAGUCCAGUGGAGCACUUAGAAUGGCAGCAGCCAGGGGCAAAUGUUAGGGAAGAGGAGGAUUUAGGUGACCUAGACACAGGCCCAAAACAAGUUAAGCUACCUCAGUAUCCCCUUGGCCAUUCUGGAUUGCAAAACUAAAGAGGCCCACCAGACAAGACACAGAGAUAGAUGGCAACAGAAGAGUAGAUGAUGGGGGGAGACACAAAACAGAGAGACCGCAACACAACAAUAGGAUGUGAUGGAGAGACGCCAGAAGAACAUAACAGGCCAUAACAGAAGAGGAUAGUCAAAGAGACCGUAACAAACAACAACCAUGAUUUUAUGUACUUAUUUCAAGAGGUUUUUCCAAAGAAAUAAGAGCGCCAACCGUUAGGGCUCCAGAACUCUCUUCCCAUUCAGAAAGAACAGAAGACUGGCGGACAAAGAUAACAGUGAGUCAUGUCCGACUCUGAGACCAUCGAGCUAGCCGCUCUGGGCCGACCCUUCCAGCUGGGGAUGCUGUAUGACUGUCGCAGGGAUGUCCUCAUUCCAGGUAUCACUCUCUGGGAUUCUGAGAUGCUGCAGAAACACAUCAAUGUCCGUCCACAACCAAACACUGACUUCAAAAUCAUUGCUUCAGACACAAGUGAAGCAAAGUCAGAAGCUUUGAAUGUGUCUGCAUCUCUUGAGGCCAGUUUUCUUGGUGGCUUAGUCAGUGUAAAAGGUUCUGCUGAAUUCCUACAUGACAAAAAGACCUCAAAGCGUCAGUCUAGGGUUUCUCUGCAGUACCGUACCAUCACUCGCUUCGAGCAGCUGACCAUGGACCACCUGGGGGCAGGAAAUGUGAAACACUGUAAUGUCUUACAAGAGGGCUCUGCAACCCAUGUGGUGACUGCCCUGCUCUACGGAGCGCAGGCCUUUUUCGUUUUUGACCAAGAGGUUUCCUCAGGAGAAAACCACCAGGACAUCCAAGGAAACCUGCAGGCCAUGAUAAAAAAGAUCCCUCUCAUAUCAAUAGAAGGGCAGGCAAAGUUGAAGAUGAGUGAGGAAGAGCAGAGGGAGGCCAAUAAAUUCAACUGCACUUUCCAUGGUGAUUUUGCACUAGAAAACAACCCUGUCACAUUUGAAGAUGCCAUCAGGGUGUAUACUGGCCUGCCACGUCUGCUAGGGGAGAACGGAGAACACGCUGUGCCCAUGACCGUCUGGCUCUAUCCUCUCAAGAACCUGGACUCUGCAGCUGCCCAGCUAGUCAGGCAGAUCAGUGUUAGCCUGGUGCGUCGCGCACAGCGAAUCUUGGACGGACUGGACAAUACUGAUGUACAAUGCCAGGACAUGAUGAAGGAAGACAUGGCUAUCAAGUUCCCUGAAAUCAAAGCCAAGCUCAACAAGUUCAGGGACUUGUGCUCAGAGUACAAGCUGGUGUUCCAGAAAAGCCUCUGCAAGGUCCUUCCCACAAUACGAGGAGGAGGGAUGGAGGAAGAAGAGCUGAUAACAAUGCUUAACAACAAGGAAUGCUCUCCAUUCCAGAAUUACCUUAUGAGCACGUACCUGGAUGACAGAGAGAGAGAGAUGAAUGUUGUCAGUUCCUACCUUGACAUAAUGAAAGAGUUUCAAGUUGUGUCAUCAAAGGGUGACUUUGAUAAAAUAGUGCUUGAUCAAGCUAAUGAUUAUGUCGUUUGUUUUGCAUUGUCAUCUUUGAAGGAGGAAGAGGAGUACCUGGGAGACUUGGAGAAGUACUUGUUGGAGGAAUCAAAGAGUGCUGGUUCUCAGUUGCCUUACAACCCCAACGCAGCUGGGAAAUCUGCAGCAGAAAAGUGGUUUCGCUCGGGGGAGGUAACCACCCUAACCAGGCAAACCAUAAAUCUGUUCCUAGACUUCAAAGAGUCAAACAAAGGCAGAGAAAAUAUUGCAUUCUGCAUUGCAUCAAUGCCAAACAAACUCCUUACUGCGUCGUCCAUCCAUGUCUACGAAAGAGGGACACUUUUGAGUCCACAGUUUGAGCUGCCAUCAAAGCCAGGUGUCCCCACCAUCAAGAGUCUGGAGCAUGACUGUGUCCACUUGCAAGUCAACCCUCCCAACCUUGGUGUUACCUCUGUGGAGUCAUACCAGGUUUUGUACCAGGCUGAGCAGGCUGACUCUGAGUGGACAGAGGUCAAACCUGAUGCUACAACUAACCAGGUCACCAUCAGUCAUCUGGACCCUUACAAAAAGUACCGCUUUAGCUGCAAGGCGGUGUGUAGACCUGGUGUGAGCCUCUCCAGUGACUGGACAGAAUACUUCAGGACCCGUUCAUGUAGCCCCCCUGGACCACCCACAGAGAAGAGCAUAGAAUCGGGACGUAUCAGAGUGAACUGGGACAUUCCUACCAUGGUGGGAGACGAUGUUGCAGUCAUCUGGUUAUGUGGUUGA